CCUCAACAAAGGGUAUAUCAAAGAGAGCAUGAGUCUGUGCGCAGUUCCGGUAUUACUAGCGCCUAAGAAAGACGAAACAUGGCGUAUGUGUGUGGACUGCCGAGCCAUCAAUAAGAUUACGCUGGGCCAAAUUCAAGUGGUGGACCUAGUAACUCUUCACAUAUUGCUGCUGCUGAUAUUGCAUCAGGCGGUCGACAAUUUAAGCAUCAGCAAGAUUUAGUACCUUCAAAACCUAUAAUCCCAAAAAAUCCAUUAGCGAAGCCUGCUAUUAACCCAGAUCCAAUGGCCAAAGCUUCUGCUAUGGCUGCAAGCUCCCCCAUUGUUGCCCAUUCAGGUGCUGCUGCCUCACUGCAAAAGGCUGCAAAGUCUAAAAAAGGCAUCCAUAUCAUGCCUGGAGGAACUCCUGCAGUCAAAUCAUCAGUGCCAAGUAGCUUUAAUGGUUUGCCCAGUAAUGUACAUUUCAUUCGAACUGGCCUGGUGUCCCACCCCGCGGGCCUCUCUCAUGCCUCAGAGUCUGGAACCCAGCAAUUGCAGGCUCUAAGAUCUGCAUCACCUGCAUUUCAACCUAGACCAGCGACUGUGUCAUCCAGAACCAAUGCAUCAUCUGGGGUUCCCAGUGCCCCUACAUCUUCUCCAGCAACCGCCGUACUGGGAGUAAAAUCUAAAGCAGCUGUUAUCCUAGAAAAUCAAACUGUUGUUCUGUCUAAUGCAAGGAGUGAGAAAAUUGAAGUUAUUCGAGCUGCUUUAUUGCCGAAUACACCACAACAGCAGGUCCAAAAUGGUCCAAUUUUUGAUUCAGGCAACCGGUUAACAGCGAAGGUUGAAGGUCAAGAACUUGAAGGAGAGAGUAAAGCUUCAAGAAUUUGGAUCCAAGAAAAACUAAUCCCAAGUCAAGAGUCUCCCAGCAAUAAAAAUGAGAACACUAAAAAUGAAUGGGCAGCUGAAAACACUGGUGGUCAAGGUCCAGCACCUGUGACAUGUAAGGUGGUGUUCAAAAAUAGUUGAGGAAGGAGAUUUAGGUGACACACAGUUGGGAACUGAGGACGGGGGAGAGUAAAAUAGGUUUACUGUCUGGACCAGCUCUAUAGGUAAUAUCUAAUUCGUCCCAGUUGUUUUGUUGACUUUUAUCCUCAACUUUGUAAAUGUUUUCUCCAAAAGUCUUGUCUAUAAUUAGGUGACAAUUCAAAUUCUUUCAUAUGUUCCCUUGACAAGGAUUGAAUAUUUCCAGAUGUUUCUAGUAAGUUAUUUUGGCAUAUCUUUUAUAUGUUUUCUGGGAUACUUGAUUAGAAUCUAUGUUUUUGGUGUUUCCAAAACGUUGUGCUAAAAAUUCAGAGAACUGAGAUUGGAUCAGGAAAAUUUCUAUGUGACAUUUCAUCGCAAUUUAAUGAAAAUGAGAACAAGGGUACCUUAUUUAAGUCCAUGUAUUCAAAUUACUUGAAGUAAAGUUAUUCAAUAUGUGAAAGUAGGUCUUAAAGAAAGAUUCGUAUAGUUUGAAGACACAACAAAGAAAGAAGGAACCUGGUAAUGCUUUCAAGUACGAGAAGAUCAAUUAUUCUAGUCAACAAAGGCAACACGCCUUUUCUCCUUCAAUAAAUUUCCAGCUAUAAAAAUUUGAUUACAAGUAAGAUAAAAGGAAAGAGGGGAAAAAAAGACAUAUAUCUGCCUACUGCUGUCAAAAAUGCAUCUAUCUCGGUGCUGUUAUAAAUCACUGUACUAUUUUUGCAAUGCUGGAUUUACACAGGAAAAUAUUGACGGCAUCUGCCUCUUCAACUUAACUCCAAACAAGGACCUCAGGGGAAUUUUGAAUCGAGGUCUUGUUGGUUUUCUUUUUCAGACCAAGUUAUUUGUCCAGGUUUGACAGUGUGCUCUGAAUCUCAUGUUGGAGUUUCCGGAUACUUUCAAUGCUUACUUCGA